GCAGCAAGAAGCAAGCAGCAUCAGUGCUCUCUGUCACCAUCCACCACCACCCAAAGUCAGACGAUGGCUGCUCGCUCCCUGAUUGCUGGUGCUCGCCCCUUUGGGGCCAGCUGGCAGCAGACCAUGCUGCGCAUCCGUGACCCGGCCGCCUCCCUUCGCUUCUACACCGAGCUCCUUGGCUUCAGCCUCAUUCACAAGUACGACUUUCCCGAGAACAAGUUCAGCCUGUACUUUCUCGCCACGCUCCCCAAGGACGUGAAGGCGCCCAAGCCCGGAACCAAGGAGUCGGAGCAGUUUCUGUGGACAAUGCCUUACACCUGCCUUGAGCUCACCCACAACCACGGCACUGAGACAGACCCCAACUUCCACUACGACUCUGGCAACAACGAACCAAAGCGUGGGUUUGGACACAUCUGCGUCUUUGCCGACGACGUCUACGCCGCCUGUGACUACCUGGAGAAGCAUGACGUGUCCUUCAAGAAGAAGCCGGACGAGGGCCGCAUGAAGGGCCUCGCAUUCGCUUACGACCCCGAUGGCUACUGGGUGGAGAUUGUGAAGCGUGCUGAAUCGCACAAGCAGGAACGGUUCACCUUUGCCCAAACCAUGCUGCGCAUCAAGGAUCCCGAGAAGUCCCUCGCAUUCUACAAGGACAAGUUUGGCAUGUCGCUCGUGCGUGUGAAGCAUUUCAGUGACUUCUCACUCUACUUCCUUGCCCAUCUUCCCGUCGACACCAAGUACCCCGACCCAGAGUCAGACGAGGCCAACGAGUUCAUCAAGACGUUUGACUUCCCCGUGCUCGAGCUGACGCACAACCACGGCACGGAGUCCGACCCCAACUUCUCCUACCACAACGGCAACACGGACCCGCGCGGCUUCGGGCACGUUGGAUUCCUCGUCGAUGAUCUCAAGGCAGCCUGCGAUUCGCUGAUUGCGGACGGCAUUGAGUUCAAGAAAAAGCCCGAGGAAGGAACAAUGCGCAACAUUGCGUUUGCAUACGACCCAGACGGCUACUGGGUGGAGAUUAUCCAGCGCGGUGUCACGUUCAUGUAAUCCGCUGCGGUGUGAACUAUUGGUUGCUGUCUCUGCCCACACGCGUACGUGAAAUCAACGUGACGCUACACCUCCACGUGAAUCUUACACUGAACACUUUCCUUGCCCAAUCAAGUGCUUUCUCAACCCCUCCCCUCCUUAUCCUUUCUCUCUCUUCCCCCAUUCUUCCCCUUUCCUUUUGCCUCUUGCUUGUUGUGGCUGCUCGCUUGAUGGGUAUGAGGGCAAUUACAAUUCACGGUAUUGUUCGGACAACAACAGCAAGUUAGCAGCCC